GAUGGAUCACAGGGAUCUGUAUGAGCAUUUCAGCCGUGUACUUCAGGCCGGAAGGCGGUAACCACCAUUAGUUACUGAUUGCCCGCCAGAGCGGCUUCAAAUUUCCCGGGGAUAUCUCAUGAUUUACUUGGUUGGCGUUCAACUUCAAGACACUCGACCCUCUCAAUCUUUGAUCAGCAGAUAUCCUGCACCAUUACCUCGAUCGACUAAACCUUGCUUUCGAUAGACUGUUGCGCCGUCCCGAAACGACCCUCGUUCGCGUCCUGUUGAAACACUUAUCGCAAUGGCUUCUGCCCCGCCUUCCUCCGAGGCCGCAAAUUCCUCGUCGCGGAGAACCUUCACGAUAGGGACACGCAAAUCUAAGCUUGCUCUUAUGCAGACAGACCUGGUUGCUGCAGCGCUGAAGAAGUCAUGGCCGGAAUAUACAUUCCAGAUACACUCUCAGGAGACAGCGGGUGAUAAGAAUACAGUUAUCGCUCUCCGCGAAUUCACUACCAAGAACCUCUGGACGCAGGAGUUGGAAGAGCUAUUGAUGGCUGGUGAUGUCGAUCUCAUUGUUCAUUCAUUGAAGGAUGUACCAACUCAACUACCUUCCUCAUGUACAUUGGGCCCCAUGAUGGAGAGAGAAGAUACAAGGGAUGUUCUGGUGAUGAAGAAAGGAUUGCCGAAUAUGACCUUUUCCGAGAUGCCCGCAGGGUCUGUCGUGGGUACUUCAUCCAUCCGCCGCACUGCUCAACUCGCCCGCCGAUACCCUCAUCUGAAGGUCCAGGAUGUGCGCGGCAAUAUCGGCACUCGGUUAGCGAAACUAGAUGCUGAGGACAGCCCAUUCACUUGCAUUAUCUUGGCUGCUGCUGGUCUGUUGAGGCUAGGACUGGAGGACCGCAUAUCCCAGUAUCUUGACUCUAAGAAUGGCGGGAUGCUCUACGCAGUGGGCCAAGGAGCACUUGGCGUUGAGAUCCGCAAGGAUGAUAAGCUUCUGCGGGAUAUGCUCAGCUCUAUCGGUCAUCACGAAACUACUUUGGCCUGCCUCGCAGAGCGAAGCCUCUUGCGAACUCUUGAGGGUGGCUGCAGUGCCCCUCUUGGUGUUGAGACGGAGUGGGUCCAGGAUUCCGAUGGGUCGUCCAAGCUGAGAAUGAGGGCCAUAGUCGUCAGUGUUGACGGCCGUGAAAGUGCCGAGGUCGAAGUAGACGGGUCAGUCGAUACGGCAGAAUCCGCUGAAGAGUUCGGUGUGACCGUUGCGAAGGCACUGGUAGAAAAGGGCGCAGGGGAGAUCCUUGCGGAGAUUCAACGCAAAAAGCUCACACCUUGAGGACGAGUGUUGGUGGAUGAGCAAGCAUACAAUCUCACUGAAGUGGAGAUGCUGGUCUUCUCCCUAGUCUUAGCAAAAAGACAGUGGGCCGAUGCCCCGUGUAUACCCCAUGUAAAAAUAUAUAAUGCACAAACCAGCUUGGAUAGGUAUAGGCACGUUCUUCCGCCGCAUCUCCAGGCAUUUCCUUAAAACGAAUAAUUUCCAUGAAUUUUCUCGACAUGUA